AUGCUCUACGGCGCACAGACACCUAACCCUGGUUCUACGUACUUGUACAGCUUAACCAACAUCAACGACCCGCUGGUCGACUUCUAUGACUUUUUCAACGGCGAAGAUCUUCAGCAGAAGGAUCUGGUGCUAUACUUGAACUUCGGCAUGCAUCACGUGCCAGAUACAUCCGAUCUGUCAACCACGGUUUUUACAAACGCACAGCCAGGUGCUACAAUUCGCCCGCAGAAUUAUUUCGCUAGAGACGCCUCAAGGGCGACGAAGCAGCAGGCUAACAUUGCCGAGGAUGGUGUAGUAACGUUUUAUGGACAGAAGCGGGCACAAGGCCAAGUGGAUCUGAAUAAGAGGGAGACAGAUUUAGAGACCAUUUUCAAACUCACUGAUGAAAGUUACCUCCCAUAG